AUGUCGGCCUCCAAUGCUCCAUGCGCCACUUAUGCUUGCUUACCAUGCAGGACUCUGAAGCGGAAAUGCACGCGUGAGCUGCCGGUUUGCUCCUUGUGCCUACGUUUAAAUAAAAUAUGUGACUAUGCCGCGACGAACAAUCAAGCAUCGAAUAUCGAGCCGGUGCAAGCAGACACUUCAAGUGCAGGCCAAGCCGACUUAGGCUCGGCGCAGCCAAUUUCUACCAUCCCACGAUUGAUCCAACUGCCGACAAGGUACUUUUUGGACUCGGAUUCUCAUCAGGCAGCAGGGUAUUCUAGCGCGCCGAGAUGCACCGUACCUCCAUCCAUGAUAGACUGUCUGGUUUACGUCGAGGAUUACCAAUCGAUUUGUGAUGCCUACUUUUCUUCAAUACAGGCUUGGUUCCCAUUCCUCAGCGAGAAACGAAUGGCGGCACGGCUGCAGAACAGCGGCCCAGAAGGAGACCUGAGACUAACCCUGUUGCUGCUGUCCAUGAAGCUUGUGGCGACGACUCCUCUGGAUCAAGACGAGGCCUUGUGCUCGUCGAUUUACCAAAAAGCCGUCGAACUGUCUGGGACCCUGGAGAGAUUUGGAAUGAUAUGCCUUGAGCUGCUACAGUCCACUAUUCUCAUCUCCAUAUAUGAAGCAGGCCAUGGGAUAUACCCGCCAGCAUUCACGAGUAUCGGUCGUGCUGCCAGGUUAGGCCUGAUACUGGGUUUCCACGAUAGGAAAAACGCCCCCCAGUUUUUCAAGUCACCCAACACCUGGACGCUGCGAGAGGAGGAGCGCCGCGCAUGGUGGGCGGUAGUCAUCUUGGAUCGAUAUGUCAACUUGGGUAUUCAGAACAUCCCGCUCGCCGCACCAAACCCAAACAACGGCGACCUCCUACCAUGCACCGAAGAUCGAUGGAAGCACGGUCAGAUUGGAAUCAACGAGCCUUUACUCGUCGCAUCCCUCUCCGAAGAAUCAAACAUUGGGUUAUACGCCAAUAUCUGCCAAGCAGCCCACACCACAGGCCGACUGCUCGAGCACCGGAACCGAACCAAGGCGGGAGCAGACCACCGGUCCCAACUGAUGGAGGGCCAACAACUACAUCACAUUAUCACCGAUCUAACUACACACACAUAUCGAGAGUUUACACGGAGCGACACAAACAUCAGUGAAAGCCGUCUUACAGCCAUCGCAUUAUGUGGCUCCGCCCGCCUUAUAUUAGCUAACAUGUAUGGCUGCAAUGAAUACUACCCUACGGACAACGGACCGCGUCUUCCAGAGGAGACUGCAAUGCAAGAGGCCUCGCUCAACAGCAUCGAGGAAAUGAUUAACUGUAGCUGCGUCUUAGGAGAGUACAUAUCAUCGCUUGAUGAUAGAGAAAUAGCUUCCACGAGCCCGCUUGUCUGCCAUUUCCUAUACCUAGCCGCAUCACAAUGCGCGUGGGUUGUGCGAGAGUUUCAGGAUCCUGAACAAAAGACCCGACUGGGUGUUAUCCUGCAGGGUUUGAUGGCACUGCAACCACGUUGGAAAGUUGUGGAUGACUACCUCAAGCUGCUCCAGGAGGAAGAGAUGUCCUGA